GAUCGCAGGAUUUUGUUUGUGCCAACCCGUUACAGCUUUAAGUGCCUCCGCGCCUUCACUUUCCUUCGACCUUUAAAAUUUCAAAAAAAAACUGAAAAACAAAACAAACUUAAAACAACACCCCUUAAAUCUAUUUUAUUAUUAUUAUUUGUUUUCAUCACCAAAGGAGGAUACACGUAGGAGCAAGAGGUUAUCCAAUAAGUCCCACACAAUACGUUCCACACCCACCCACCCAUGCACAACAAUGUCUGCUGAUGCUAAAGCGCCAUCCCCCGCCGCGGAGGAGAAGGCCUUGCUGAAGCGCUUGGAGGAGGAGCGGUCGGGCGCGGCGGUGUCGUGGUUCUCCGUCGAACUCGCCCGCCGUCGCAUCAGCCGCUAUCUGCACCCCACCAUCGUCAUCAAAGGCCGCCCCAUCCCGAACACGGAGGUGCAGACGUUCUACAAGUGCGACCACAUGCGCCGCAGCGGCUCCUACAAGGAACGCGGUGCGCUGAACGCGCUGCUCUGUCUCUCGAAGGAGAAGCGAGCGAAGGGCGUGAUCGCUGCCUCGGCCGGCAACCACGCGCAGGCGCUCGCCUACCACGGCGGCAAUUUGGGCAUUCCAGUCGUCGUGGUGAUGCCGCUGAACGCACCGAUUGUGAAGCGUCAGAACUGCAUCAACUUCGGGGCGAAGGUGGUUUUGUUCGGCAAGGACUUCAACGCGGCGAAGGAAGAGGCCUUCCGCCUCGCUGAGAAGGAGCACCUGACCUACGUGAACGGCUACGACGACCCUGCCGUGAUUGCCGGCGCCGGCACCUGCGGGCUUGAGAUCCUGGACCAGAUGCCGGACGUGGACGCCAUCGUGGUGCCGGUAGGCGGCGGUGGCCUGCUGGGCGGCAUCGCCCUCGCAGUGAAGAAGCUCAACCCCAAUGUGAUGGUGAUCGGCGUGGAGUCGGACCGCUGCCCGGACGUGACGGAGGCAUUGAAGGCCGGCAAGCCCAUCUACACCCCUGUCGGGGAUGGAGGCACGGUGGCGGAUGGCUUGGCCGUGAACGUCGUCGGCACCAACGCCUUCGAACUCAUCCGCGAGUUUGUGGACACGGUGAUCACCGUGCCGGAGUCGGACAUCACCCGCGCUAUUCUGCACCUACUGGAGGUGGAGAAGAUGAUGGUGGAGGGCGGCGGGGCCACCGGUCUGGCUGCCAUCAUGGCCGGCAAGUUGGAUGAGAAGCUGAAGGGGAAGAAGGUGAUCACCUUGAUCACGGGAGGCAACAUCGACAUCACCCUGCUCGGUCGCGUCAUCAACCACGGCCUCUACGCCUCCGACCGCCUGCACAUGUUUGAUGUGGCCAUCUCCAACCGCGUCGGCGGCCUCGCUACGUUCAUGACGGCGUUGGCGAAGACCGGGGCCUCCGUCAAAACCGUGUCGCAGGAGACGCCGCUGAUCAGCGACAUCAACGUGACGACGCUGCACAUGGAGGUGGAGACGAUGGAUGCCGAGCACUGGGAGAACGUGCAGAAGAUGAUGAAAGCCGCCGGCUUCGUGCUGAAGCCGUACAAUGGCCAGAAGUACAACGAUGUGAACUUGUCGAAGCUGUAA